CGCGGGAGGCGAGCGUGGGAACGCGGGCGGCAGCAUGUGUGACCGGAACGGCGGCCGGCGCCUGCGGCAGUGGCUGAUUGAGCAGAUCGACAGCAACAUGUACCCGGGCCUGGUCUGGGAGAGCGACGAGAAGAGCAUGUUCCGAAUCCCGUGGAAGCACGCCGGCAAGCAGGACUACAACCAGGAAGUGGACGCUUCCAUCUUCAAGGCUUGGGCAGUCUUCAAAGGGAAGUUUAAAGAGGGGGACAAGGCCGAGCCGGCCACCUGGAAGACGAGGCUGCGCUGUGCCCUGAACAAGAGCCCGGAUUUUGAGGAAGUGACCGACCGAUCCCAGUUGGACAUCUCCGAGCCAUACAAGGUUUACCGAAUUGUCCCCGAGGAGGAGCAAAAAUGCAAACUCGGCGCGGCUCCUCCUGGAUGUGUGGGCGAGGUCACGGAGAUGGAAUGCAGCCGCUCGGACAUCGCUGAGCUCAUCAAGGAGCAGCCAACUGUGGAGGACUACAUGGGCAUGAUCAAGAGGAGCCCUUCGCCCCCAGAGGCCUGCAGGAGCCAGCUGCUCCCAGACUGGUGGGCACAGCAGCCUAGCGCAGGCCUGCCGUUGGUGACUAGCUAUGCCGCCUAUGACACACACCACUCAGCCUACUCCCAGAUGGUGAUCAGCUUCUACUACGGGGGCAAGCUCGUGGGUCAGACCACCACCACCUGCCUCGAGGGCUGCCGUCUGUCACUGGGCCAGCCGGGGCUGCCCAACACCAAGCUGUACAGGUCCGAGGGUCUAGAGCUGGUGUGCUUCCCGUCAGCCGACUCCAUCCCCAGCGAGCGGCAGCGGCAGGUGACGCGGAAGCUGUUUGGGCACCUGGAGCGCGGGGUGCUGCUGCACAGCAGCCGGCAGGGCGUGUUCGUCAAGCGCCUGUGCCAGGGCCGCGUGUUCUGCAGUGGCAACGCCGUGGUGUGCAAGGGCAGGCCCAACAAGCUGGAGCGCGACGAGGUGGUGCAGGUCUUCGACACCAGCCAGUUCUUCCGAGAGCUGCAGCAGUUCUACCACAGCCAGAGCCGGCUCCCCGACAGCAGGGUGGUGCUGUGCUUUGGGGAGGAGUUCCCGGAUACCGCCCCGCUGCGCUCAAAGCUCAUCCUGGUGCAGGUCGAGCAGCUCUACGUGCGGCAGCUGAUGGAGGAAGCUGGGAAGAGCUGCGGUGCCAGCCCCAUGAUGCACGCCUCCGAGGAUCCCCAGCCCGACCAGACCUUCCGAGUGUUUCCAGAAAUCUGCACCUCACAUCAGAGAGCCUAUUUCAGAGAAAACCAGCAGAUCACCGUCUAAGUGCCUGCUGGGGCCCCUGCCCCCUCGCCAGCUGUGCCCCCUCGCCAGCUGUGCCCCUGUGGCGUCCUCAGGAUGCCUAGCCUGCAGCCUGCUCCUGCCCAGAGCCCGGGGUCGCAGCUUCCAUCCUGUGCGUCUGCUGUGUGCCUGGCUGCUGAGGUUCUUCGUGGUUUGGGAGUCUCCUGUGAGGCUGGCGUCUCCCACAUUCCCGCAGACUGCCGCUCCGGGAAAGCGGACUGGUCAGAAGCAGCCGCUGGGCUCUGCCUUUGUGAGGUUUGCAGAUUGGCGAUUUCAUGUGCCCAUUCUACGUGGAGUUUCUUUGCUAUGGUUAAGUGCUCCUGUCAAGGCUGAACAGUGAGCUACAACCCCCUCCCACCCCCAGUGCGUGUCUGGCCUGGCGGGAAGCGCAUCCUCCGAGCCGCUGCCCUGUCCAGGCAGUCCUGCCUGCCUCACUGCCUCGGGAGCCUUCAUUCCUGAGAAGUUCAGGGCUAACUUCACUGUUUUUACUUUUGUAAUUAAGUUCCUCCCUCUGAUUCCCUGAAACGGCUUUGAGCUGCUGGGAAGUCGCCUUCCUUCCCCGGUCCUGAUGCAGGCAGCUCAGAUGGUUGUGGAGAAUGGGCAGGGCCACCCAGCAUGCCUGAUGGACCGCGUGGGCUGCUGAGAGUGCCCGUGGGGCCUUCCAGUUUGUGGUGCCCUUCCCUUGCUGGGGGCCCAUGUUGUGGGGUGUACUGAAUGCCACCACCCUGGCCCCACCGUGGCAGAGACAGAGCCAGCCUGCCAUGCUCCUGGAGGUUCAAGGUGGCUCCCACAACAUGCUAGAAACCAUUUUAGGAGAAGCCUCUGGCUGGAGUUUCAAACUUUUCUGCCUUUUCCCACAAACCUUUUUGAAGUACCGGCAUGGUGCAGGAUUACAGAGCGUCCCGGUCCAGCCCUUGGAAAGUCUCACCCCAUUUGCCAGCGAGUGGGUGUGUUUCCUGGUCCGCCACGUGUCCAGGGGCUCCCAUCGCCAUACGGAACCCAGGAGGCGGCGCCGGGGAGAGCGCCCAGCCCAUGGCAGAGGCUGGCCUCGCCCACCUCCCGGCCUCCUCCCUGCAACCAGUGCUGUCCUGCAGCUACCCGACUCCACAGGAGAGUACCUGGACACUUCUUUCAAAAUUCCACAGAAUUCUGUGUCUAGUGCCUCAGGCUCCAGGACUGGCCAACACUGGCCCUGCCACAUAUGCUUGGUGCCUCUGCCGGCCGUGUUUUGCCAGGAGACGAGCUCUGUGGGGGACUCUUGGUUUGACUGAGCCACCUCCACAGCGGGUGUAGACCCCAGGCAGUUUUGGGGGCGUCAGCAGGGUCCCUAUGCCAUCUUCCCACUCUGGGCUGGCUCAGAAGAUCCUUCUUCUCUGUCUCCUUUGUCAGCUGACCCCAGGUUCCCCAACCUCUGACCUUUUCACCUCCCAGUGAAAAGACGGGGAGAAGGCUUCAGUGCUGAGCCUCAUUGCGGUGGAGGGGUGUGCUCAGGUUGGGGUCAGGAGCAGCUGGCCCAGAGGCCUCUGGCUUCUGAGGGUGCCUCACUCGACCCAGCACUUGUCCAGCGAAGGUGGACAUGGGCUCCUCGUGCUUGUCAGGGUCACCGUGUUCGGAGAACUUUGAAGCACACGUCUCCACCGUGCCGUGUCGGUAUUUAUUUCUGUGUCCAUUUAAGAAGAAUCUUGAUUUAUUUCAUCCUUUAUUAAAAUAAAAUGUUCUUUUGUAAA